AUGUAUACUAGACUGUACCAACAGCAACCAUCACAUCAUCUAUAUGGUGAAACCUUCGACUUCAUAAUAGCUGGUGGCGGCACUGCGGGGCUGGUGCUGGCCAACCGCCUCACCGAGGUGGCGCACUGGCGCGUGCUGGUUGUGGAGGCUGGCGGGGAUCCGUCGCUGCUCAGUGUGAUACCUGGCACGUUUCCCUUCACCGCACACACUCCUGAAGACUGGAACUACUUCAAUGAGCGCACCAACGACACGUCUCAUGCGUUGAACCUGGAGAAGGCUUCUCUCACCAUCGGGAAAGCUUUGGGAGGGAGUUCUUCAAUCAACCAUUUGCUUUAUGAAAGAGGAAACCCAGCGGAUUACAACUCAUGGGGAGACCUUGGCAACGAAGGCUGGUCCUGGGACGAAAUCACCUAUUACUUCAAGAAACUGGAAGGAGUCAUUGAUAGAAAGAUCUUUGACAGACCAACAGCAGAACAACACUGUAGUAACGGUCCCAUAAGUGUUCAAGAGCAUAAAGCUAAUGCACAAUUUCAAAGGGAUAAUGCGAAACUACUACAAGGAUUUGCCGAAAUUGGAAUGAAAACGCUCCCAGAUCUUAUAGGAGACGACCAAAUGGGCAGCGCUACUCAAGAUUUUCCAAUUAAUAAAGACCAAACAAGAGCUAGUACGGCACAAAAUUAUCUUCUACCCAUUAAAAGUCGACCGAACUUGUAUGUCCUCAAAAACAGUUUAGUGACACAAGUUAUCAUUGAGAACGAUACUGCUGUAGGUGUCAAAGUAAAAGUUAAUUUGGGAGAAGAAAUACAAUUAUUUGCUAAUGUCGAAGUGAUAGUAUCAGCUGGUACUUAUAACACACCAAAAGUUCUGCUAUUAUCAGGUGUUGGACCCAAAGAUGAUUUAGAAUCAAUGGGUAUACAAGUUAAAGCGAAUUUACCUGUUGGACAAAAUCUGCAAGAUCAUGCUUUCGUGCCGAUGGUCAUCACUGGUGAAAGAAACAUAUUCACGACAGUUGAGUCAGCAUUGUCAUUGCUAGAUCUGACUACGUUUCCACUGCCUGUAGUUAACGGCGCUUUCAGUCUAUCAGGAGAGGGUUCUGUCCCAGAUAUACAACACAUAACUUUGAUUGGAGGAGCUUCAUCUCCAUUAUUCUUCUACUUUUGCCUCGUCAACUUUAAUUAUAAUUUGCAGUUGACUACUGCAUUUAUUACAAGCACUUUGACCAGUCAGAUCGUGUUUUCUUUGGUACAAUUGAUGAGACCUGCAUCGAAAGGUUAUGUGAAGCUACGGAGUACAGACCCUAAUGAUGCGCCGAUAAUUAAUCACAGAUACUUAGAAGAAGAAGAGGAUGUUGAAAGACUUGUUGCAGGGCUAAAGAAAAUGUAUACUCUGAGGAAGUCAAGUCCUUUUAAAAAAGAGCGCUCUAAGGCAGUACUGCCACGAAUAAAAGAGUGUGCGAAGUAUAAGAAAGGGAGUCACGACUAUUUUAAAUGCUACGCAAAACAAACUGUAACGACCACUUUCCAUCCGUUGGGUACUUGCAAAAUGGCUGCUAAAGAUAAAGGUGGAGUAGUAGACAGUAGACUCCGAGUCUAUGGCAUCAGUAGACUGCGAGUGGUAGACGCCAGCAUCAUUCCCGUGCAGCCGUGUGCCAAGAUGUUCGCCCCAACUGUCAUGAUCGCAGAGAAAGCCGCCGACAUGAUCAAACAAGACUACGGGAAGCCUGUUGAUGAAUUCGUUUGUGUAAAAGCUGAAGGGUGUAAAGGUGUUGUGGAAACUGAUGAUGAAAAUAGUCAUGAGUCAGUUUUACGUGGCCUUUUCGGGUGA